AUGUCGUCCUCCAUGCCGUACGACCCGUACGCCGGCGAGAGCCAUGCGCAGACGCACCAUACGGGCAACCACAAAACGGCCGCCAUCCAGGCGCAAAUCGACGAUACCGUGGGCAUCAUGCGAGAGAACAUCAACAAGGUGGCGGAGAGAGGAGAACGACUGGACUCGCUGCAAGAUAAGACAGACAACCUGGCGGUGUCGGCCCAGGGCUUCCGACGAGGCGCCAACCGGGUGCGAAAGGCCAUGUGGCUCAAGGACUUCAAGAUGAAGGUCUGUCUGGUCAUUGGAGUCAUCAUUCUGAUUGUGGUGAUUGUGGUUCCGAUCGCGGUCCACUUUUCCGGACGAUAG